UUCGCUUCGCUUGUCCAGUUCAGGGCUCUGAUGGACACUUCUCACUGAUCAGAACUGCUCCAAAUAAGGAAGAUGUCACAGGAUUCUUAUGAAGUGAACCUGCAGAUCCUUUUGGCUGUGGGCCUGGCCGUGUUUUUUUACUGCCUCGUUCUCGGCUGCAUCUUCUGCUGCCGCAGACAAAAGACUGUUUCUCCUGAGGAUAAGGAGGCAGCUCUCCUCCCACCACAUCUGGCUGUAGGGGUGGCCGUGGGAUCAUCUCAUUCUCCUUGUGCCCAGCGUGUCCAGCAGCAGUAUGAGGAGCUGGAUGGAGACGUGCUGGAAUUUGUGGCCUCCUCCUCUCCCUCUGAAGAUGACCUCUCUGCCCUCUCCGGUGCCACUGGUCCUAGAAGGUCAGCUGAACUGGCGCAGGCUCCUCCACUUUUACUUCCCUUGAGGCGCCUGAGCAGUCCUGCUGUCCCCUGCUCACCUCGUAAAACUCACGGCAGAGCCUCUUUGCCUUCUCUCACUAAAAUGAGCUUUGUGUCCAAAUCUCGCUACAUGAUGGGGCGGCGCAGUACCGGGAACUGUGAAAGUUUAGCCCACUUUGAAAGCAGUCGUCUGACUGCUUGUGCUGCCAAAACUUUUAACCAGCAGGGGGAGCCCUCCUCAACACAAUAUGGCUCUGGAUCUCUAACCAUCUCCAAAUCAGCUCCUCUGCUGCACUUCUCCCUGCUCUUCUCCUCCACUAAUGGUACCCUAAUGCUCAACAUCCUGGGACUCUCUGGUCACAGUCGCAGGUGGAGUGGGGUGAUUGUUCGGGUCAGCCUCCCCCCCAUUUACCCAUCUCCACAGCAGAUGGCUCUGCGGCGGCGCAGCCUCUGCCCGGAUCUUCAGGAUCAGAGCUGUGUGCUGCAGGUGGGCUCAGUGGAGGAGCUGCGUACCUGCACACUGAGGAUAGCCGUCUACAGCAGGGACUUCUCCGGCUUAAGGGAAGCUGCACUUGGAUGGUUGGAGCUCCCCUGCGAACCAGUGGACUGGGAGUCUGAAGUCACAAACACCUACACCAAACAGCUCACCGCAACUAAAGGCAAGCUCAAAAAGAGUGUAAGUUCUCAGGAGUCGUUGGGUCGCAGGAAGAGUUCGGUUGGUGGCGCAGUGACUUUGGGAAAAGUCCUCAUCCUGCUGCAGUACCAGGCGUCGGCCCAGCGGAUCAAAGUGAUGGUCCGGAAAGCUGAGAAUCUGACCAAACUCACGAGAAUCCCAGGAGCUCCAGAUCACUGUGUUGUUAUUAAACUGCAUCUGGAGGGGAGAGUGAUCAGUACCAAGGAAACCAAAGGUGUCAGCGGUCCAAACCCGGUCUGGAACGCUCCCUUCCUGUUUGAUCUGCCCCCUGGUGACAUCACUCAGCUGCCACUCGUGCUGGAGUUUGUAAUCAUGCAGGGCCGCCUGUACACCAAGAGCAGUGUUCUGGGUCGCGUGCUGAUUGGCAGCAGUGCUUCAGAGGUCGGACAGGGUCACUGGAGGGAGAUGUGCCGUCUGCAGCAAACGGAAACCACUCGCUGGCACACCAUCCAGUCAGAAGCUGGAUAGAGCUGACUGUCAAACCAAUAUAAUGAGAAGCACUGAUCGCUGCAUAGAUGAGGCCUUGAGGCAGGAUGUGCUGCAGUUUCAUUCCAUUUGUGUCCGUUUUUUGCAUUGACUUCACUGUUUUUCCUUGAAAUGGCAGCUUGUUUAUUUUGAAAGUGAUGUUGUGAUGCUUUUAUUGUGACAGAAUUGUAAAAAGUUUGGUGGAAAAGAAAAAAACUUUUUAGCAUGUCAUGCUUGAAGCUCAGAGGAAAUGUGUCAAUAUUAAUAAAUCUGUAAUCUUUAAGUGCUUCUUCAUAUUAAAAUCUGAGAUGUUGAUGUUU